AUGGAGAACGCUCGCCCGGAGACAGCGAAGGCACAGGCCAUCAAACAGGAUGGCGAUCAUGUCGAGGAAGCAAAAGCUAUGGAGGUCGAUGCCGAAGGUUUGCCAAUUAGCUUCGCUGGUAUGACUCUCGAGAAUGUUCUUCUCGACCUGGGCAAACCAUCGUACAAGGUGCCUCACCUUCACAAGUUGAACUUCGUCCUACUCGCCGCCCUGCUCACUACUGCAACAAAUGGUUUCGACGGUAGCAUGAUGAACGGUCUGCAGACACUACCGCUUUGGCAGGAGAAUUUUGAUCACCCUAGUGGCGGUACCUUGGGCGUUCUGAACACCACCAACACCAUCGGCUUUAUUUGCGCGCUUCCAUUUACCGGCUACCUCUCCGAUAAGUUAGGUCACCGCAGGCCUAUCCAUGUUGGAAGCGUUAUUACGAUCAUCGGAGCUGUGAUUCAAACCGCUUUGCAGAACAUCGGCAUGUUCUUGGCAGCACGUUAUCUUCUCAGAUUUGGUCUCUCCGUUGCAAGUGUUGCGGCACCAGCUUUUGUCUCCGAGCUUGCAUACCCGAGCCAGCGUGAUAGAGUCACAGCUCUUUAUAACACUAACUGGUUUGUUGGUGCCAUCAUUGCUGAGGGUAACCGCCAUCGAUUCUUCAUCAUGAUUGUGCUCGGCAUUAUGCAACAACUCUCCGGAAACCAAUUGAUCAGUUACUAUCUGCACUUGAUUCUAGACCAAGUCGGCAUCACUGAUGGCACCGCUCAUAUUGGCACCAAUGGUGGCCUUCAAGGACAAACAUUGGAGAAGAUUGCUGAGGUGUUUGACGGAAAAAACGCCUUGAUCGGCGACACAGAGAAGGAGGUCUCUAACAUUCGCGAGGAGGUGGUGACCAUGAAGCACUGA